GUUCCUGAGCGAUCAAAACAAAAACAGCUCCCACACACAGCAGCUAGUGUCAGUGGGGGCCACUGCUGUUAGAAACCAGCCUGCUGUGUCAUCAUGCUACUGAAAUCAUGCUGCAUUUACAGCACCGGAGUUUUGUCCAUACUGCUCUUGAUCCUCGGUAUUGCUUUGGUCCUGUCUAACGUGUUUCCACAUUUUCUACAGUCGAUGGUUGAAAAGGAAGUUGUUUUGAAGAAUGGCACCGAGGCAUACGAGGCCUGGGAGAAUCCACCGGCCCCGAUUUACAUGCAGUUUUACUUCUUCAAUCUGACCAACCCAGAGGAGGUGCUGGAUGGGGGACAGGCCGCUGUGGUGGAGAUUGGACCAUACACAUAUAGAGAGUACCGGCCCAUGGAGCAAGUGGACUUCCAGGAUAAUGGCACUAAAGUAGCAGCUGUCAACACUAAGACCUACGUAUUCCAGCGCAACAUGUCCCGCGGUCCAGAGAGUGACCUCAUCAGGACGGUCAACAUCCCUGCAAUGACGGUGAUGGAGCAAUUCAAGGACUCAACUAUCUUUGCCAAUCUGAUCUCCGCCUACAUGAAGUCCACAGGCGAAGGCCUGUUCACCACGCACACAGUGGGAGAGCUGCUGUGGGGAUAUGAAGACCCCCUGCUCAAAGCCCUCAGUGCUGUCAAACCCGACCUGGACAGUGUUUUUGGACUCUUCUAUAAGAGCAACGCUUCCAACGAUGGUGAAUAUGUCUUCUACACUGGCCAGCAGAACUACAAAGACUUUGCCAGAGUGGAUACAUGGAAGGGUGAAAGCAUGCUGAACUGGUGGACAUCAGAUGAGUGCAACAUGAUCAAUGGAACCAAUGGAGCAUCUUUCCAUCCAGUCAUCACCAAGAACGAGACGCUCUACAUGUUCUCCUCUGACCUGUGCAGGUCUCUGUACGCUCUGUAUGAGGAGGAUGUGACAGUGAAGGGGAUUCCCGGGUAUCGCUUUAGUCCCCCCAGCGAGGUGUUUGCCAAUCAGACCAUUAACCCAGCCAACGCGGGCUUCUGCGUCCCUGCUGGAAACUGCCUGGGCUCUGGCGUGCUGAACGUCAGCAUGUGUAAACAAGGAGCUCCCAUCAUAAUGUCUUCACCGCACUUCUACCAGGCAGAUGAGAAAUUUGUUCGGGAUGUGUUUGGCAUGAAGCCGAAGAAAGAGCAGCACCAGACGACGAUAGAUAUCAAUCCGCUAACGGGAAUCAUCCUGCAGGCAGCAAAGCGGCUGCAGGUCAACGUGUAUGUCGAGAAAAUCGCCACCUUCAGUCAAACAGGAAAUGUGAGGACAGUGAUCUUUCCUGUGCUUUAUCUCAAUGAGAGCGUCGUCAUCGAUGAUUUGUCAGCCACGAAGUUGAAGGUGAUCAUGGUCGAGCAGAACGUGGUGGUGAACAUUCCCUUCAUUCUGAUCGGUCUCGGCAUCCUUCUGGGAGGGAUCUUCAUGCUCCUUAUGUGUCGACAGAAGAUCCCCGAGAGCACUGCAGCUGAACGACAGCCGUUGCUCUCAUCAUAGCACCAAAGAGUGUGUAAAAAGAGGAGGGAUCGCCUGUUUGCAGUUUAAAUCCACAUUUCAUGGCUUCAAAGGAUCUGAAGAUUUUACCAUUAACCUCCAAGUAAUGUUUUCCGUUAAUGACCAGAAUUCAGUCUUUUAUUGUGUUUUUUUUUUUUAUUGGAAACAAAGUCACGAGGUUUGUUACAGGGCUGGGGUUAGUGUCAGUUCUAAUGAUGUUAAAAUCCCUACUUUUUUUUUUAAUCAAAUCUUAAAUAUUUUUCUUUUUGAAUUCCUAAUAUGGGAUUUUAGAUUGAACUACGUGAACUGAGAGAAUUUAAUUUCCCACCAAAUCUAAUGUCGGUCGUCACGAGAUUCGACCUUGAACUAAUCAAACCUCCAGAAAUUUAAAUCAAUACUGUGCCAUGUUUUUACCAUAGCCCAUGUUUUUGUGUAAAAUUGCUGCUUUUCUCUGUGUGUGUGUGUGUGUGUGUGUGUGUGUGUGUGUGUGUGUGUGUGUGUGUGUGUGUGUGUGUCCAUAAUACUAUGUGUUUUUAUAAAAAGUCCCAGUCAUCACUUUUUGGUCUGGAGAGAUUGUUAAGUCAUCACUAAGAACAAAGCUCAUACAGCUGUUUUGAUGCAAGUCAAAUAUUCUUCCUUUUUACAGUUUCACAUCAAUAUUUCACAUUUUUGUAUUGUUGCAAAGCGCAAGCCAAGUGAAUAACAAAGGCAAGCUGUGUAAAAUGACUGCUGGCAUGACGUUUUAAUCUUAAUGUCGUAAAUCUGUAGUGAAUUCAGCUUCCUUUUAAAACCAUUUACUCUGUUGUAACCUUGUAUGGACAUCCACUUAUCCACAAUAUAUGCAGUAAUGUGGAAUUGCAUCCAAAUAGUAUUACUUCAACAGUAGCAGUAUAAAGGGAAGAUUUUUGCCUGGUGCACAGUGCAGUGUCUCGUUUCAUGAUGGUGUGAGGUGCAAUGCAAUAUUUUCUUUCCUCUAAUUCCAAUACUUCGAAUGUGUGAUUGUUUUAAUUUAAAAGUCAGUGUAUGAACAGCUUAAUGCUAGUGAUACUACUGAUAAAUAUUAUUGGCUCAUAGAAAAUUGUUUUUUAUUCCUGUAACCACUAGGAGUUGUUCAUGAUUUUCAUGGUUUCAUUUUUGCACUUCUAAAUUAAUUGAAGGUAUAUUAUGCAGGAUUUUCCUGAAACAAAACUAUGCAUAGACUCGUACAAAAGUAAUCCCCCUCAGUCUUAACUUAUGACCCACAAGAAGUGUUUUGCGGUGUAUUCGUCUGCAGAAACUCUGCUCUCUGCUUUUAUUUGAUAUUUUCUGAUAAUUUUAUCAUAUUUUCUGUCUUAUGGACAUUUCUGGGACCAGGUGUCAAACCGAAGCAACAGGCACCCUAAUGUGAGCUAUGAAAAUUACAGACACAGUGCAAAAACGCAAAUAUAGAGAGGCAAAAUCAAAGCUUGUCAACUUUCACUUUUAUUUUUGAGGGCAAUCUCUGCAUAGUGUACCUUGGAAGUUUGUGAGCAAAAAAAAAAACUUUUUUUUUUUUUUUAAAUUGGGCUACGGAUGAUAAACUUUUUUAAAAAUGUAAUUGCUUUUCUGUCUGGCACUAUACAGAAUGUCACUGCAAUGUGUUAAUUGUUUUGAAUAACCACUGUUUCACACACAUCACUGACUUGGUCGUUGUUUCACGUAUAACAGAGAUUAUUGUUUACACUACUACACCUGCAUAUUAAAAUCAAUAUGUAAUCACUGUUUACAUACUCACAAUAGGUCACAUAUAACAGUUGGCGCAUUGUCUUGUCAUUUGCUACAGCUUCAAUAAACCUGGUGUGCUUCUUA